AUGGCACACACAUUUGACAAUCGGAACUUCAUUUCAGGUAAACAGCAAACAUUUUAUUCUGCUGUUUCACCAUCAUCAUCAUCAUCAUCAUCAUCAUCAAGACCUGCCAUAAGAAAUACUCUUAAAGAGAUAUCAUCUUCACGACAAUCAUCACCAAGGUCGAACGAUCGUCUACUAUCCUAUGAAGAAAAUCGCAUUAAUAAACCAUUAGAUAAUCAACAAAAUUCCAAAUUAUCAUUUCAUUCACCGUCAACAUUAAAUAAUUCAACUUAUCAUGAAAGACAACAACCAUUAAAAGAUAAUUAUUCUACAUUUUCAUCAGAAAAUCAUAGUUCUGAUACAAAACCACCACCACCUAAUCGUACACCACGUAUAACAUCAACAGUACAUAAUAAUGAUACUCAUCAUACAAAUGUUUUAUCUCAAUACUCACCGAAUGCAAUGAAAACAAAUACAACUUAUUUAAAUACAACUCAAGUUUAUAUAACUCAACCAUCAUUACGAGAUAACUCAUCAAUUCCAUCACCACCACCGCCACCACCACCACGUUGUCCUCUUCAACCUCCUGCUAUCCCACCACGAAAUUCACCAACAUAUAAUCAAAAAAAUUCCAUCAUUAUUCCUGAUUUUAAUUCAUCUAAAUCAGCAAAAACAAUUUAUCGAUCACCUAUGAUAUCGUCAACUGUAAAAAGAAAUGAUCUUAAUGAUGAUCAUUUACUUGAACAUCAGUUUAAACCAUUUUCAAUUGAUAACAAUCAUCCUAUUGAAGAAACAACAAAUGGAUCAGCUAUCGGAGAAUAUUUCGGUGAAUGUUAUAAAUGUGGUGAGACAAUAACAAGUUUAGAUGAUCCAUGUGAUAUAUUUGGUCAAAUUUAUCAUAGUUCUUGUGCUAUUUGUGCUUUAUGUGGACGAUCUGUAAGAAAUAGACAUUUUUUUGUUCAAGAUCAAUUAUAUUGCGAAGAAGAUUUCUUGUAUACGGGUUUUUAUGAAACACUUGAACAUUGUGUUGCUUGUGGUCAUCUAAUUACUGAUACAAUUGCUCAAGCACUUGGACAAUCAUAUCAUCUAACAUGUUUUAAGUGUUCAAAAUGUUCAAUUUGUUUGGAUGGUAUACCAUUUGUGAAGGAUGAAAAGCGAAAUCUUUUUUGUUUACAUGAUUAUUAUAUAACUUAUGGACCACGUUGUGAUAAAUGUUCAAAUCCAAUUUAUCCUGAAGAUGUGAGACAAAAUUGGAUAUAG